UGACGCAAUUUCUCUGCGACUGAGCGAGGCUGCCGGUUCCGGGUGCUGGUCUUCCUCCGGCGGGAAACCCGAGAGCGGUUCCUAACCCUCGUGCGACUUCUGACUUCGGAGCGAAAGGGAAAGCGGCAAGAUGACAGACCGCUACACCAUCCACAGCCAGCUGGAGCACCUGCAGUCCAAGUACAUCGGCACGGGCCACGCCGACACCACCAAGUGGGAGUGGCUGGUGAACCAGCACCGCGACUCCUACUGCUCCUACAUGGGCCACUUCGACCUUCUCAACUACUUCGCCAUCGCGGAGAAUGAGAGCAAAGCGCGAGUGCGCUUCAACUUGAUGGAGAAGAUGCUGCAGCCUUGCGGCCCCCCAGCUGACAAGCCCGAGGAAAACUGAGACGGCGCCUCCUCCAGCGAGCCUCCCGAUCGCCGGCAUUGCCCGCGCGUUCCUGCCUCCAGUGCACUGGUUCUUCCGCGACUCCUUGCUUCUCCGGCCUUCCGGGUGCAGAAGGGCUCGCCGGGGUGUCCCGCCGGUGUUGUCUUCGUGGGGAUCCCUCGGGACGCAGCACCAGGACCGCCAGGGCUCCCUGAGAACUGCGGGUGAAGACGUCCUAGAGCUGGCGGGCGUUGGGGAAGACGGCACUGGAGUGAGGGGAUUUGGAGGCUCGUGUUUGAUUUAGUUGAUUGUCGCGUUGCCUUUUUCAUAAAGUUUAGAAACUGUGAA